AUGUCUUUACGCAGAGUAGUGAUUACAGGUUUAGGUUUAGUGACACCUUUAUCAACUGGAGUAAAAUCUUCCUGGCAAAAAUUAAUAGAGGGUGCAAGUGGUAUAAUUUCUUUAUCAAACGAAACCAACAAAAAUGAAAAAAAUGAAAAAAAUGAAAAAAAUCAACAAAAAAUUGAACAAAUUGAACAAAAAGAGCAAAUAACUCAAAUAACCAAUAAUCAAACAUUCAGUAAUUUACCAUAUAAUGAAAAAGAGAAAGGUGUAUUUAAUGAAUUACCUUCAACUGUCGCAGGAACAGUGAAACCUGGAAAAUAUGAAGUUUGUGGAUUUGACCCUAAAGAAUGGUUGGAUCGUGGGGAUGAAAGGAAAAUGUCAUUAGUAACUCAAUAUGCUAUAUGUGCAGCAAAACAAGCAAUAAUGGAUGCUGAAUGGUAUCCAACAUCAGAUUACGAAAAAAAUCAAACUGGAGUGUGUAUUGGAUCCGGAAUAGGAAAUAUUGAAGAUAUUGGUUUCAAAAAGGGUCCAAAUCAUGCCGUAUCAACUGCAUGUACAACUGGGGCACAUUCAAUUGGAGAUGCAAGUAGAUUUAUACAAUUUGGUGAUGCGGAUGUUAUGAUUGCUGGUGGAGCAGAAGCUUGUAUAAUACCAUUAGCUUUGGCCGGAUUUUCAAAAGCAAAAUCGUUGGUAACUAAAUAUAAUGAUCAACCGGAGGAAGCUUCACGUCCAUUUGACAAAGAUCGUGAUGGAUUUGUAAUAGGCGAAGGUGCGGGUAUGAUUGUUCUCGAGGAAUAUAAUCACGCAAAAAAACGUGGUGCACGUAUAUAUGCGGAAAUUAGUGGUUAUGGACUAUCAGGAGAUGCACAUCAUAUAACAGCUCCUCCGGAAAAUGGGAUCGGAGCUGAAUUAGCGAUGCGUAGAGCACUAAAACAUGCUCAAUUAUCUCCUGAUGAUAUUGAUUAUAUAAACGCUCAUGCCACGUCAACGUUAUUAGGGGAUAUUGCUGAAAAUCGUGCAAUCAAAUCAAUUUUCGAGAACUCUUCUCAACGCGAUAAAAUACUUAAUAAACUAGCAGUAUCCUCAACCAAAGGUUCAAUAGGUCAUUUGUUAGGUGCAGCGGGUGCUGUCGAAGCAAUCUUUACUAUAUUAGCAAUAUAUAAUAAUGUACUUCCUCCAACAUUAAAUCUAAAUAAUCCUGGUGAUCCUCCUUCAGAUUUCAUUUCAUUUAAUUAUGUUCCAAAGGUUGCUCAACAACCUUCAUUUAGAAUAAGAGCUGCAUUAUCAAAUUCCUUUGGAUUUGGUGGUACCAAUGCAUCUUUGUGUUUUGUAAAAUGUGAAUAA